UUCCUCAAAUUUUUAAUGAAGAUUCUUGCGUUACGGCUGCUGCGAUUGCUGCUGCUGUUGAUUCUGCAGCAAGCCCGCGCCUUUAAUUUCUGCAAUAAUAAGCAGGGCUACUGUGAGUUGGCCCAAUCGAAGCACUUCAUGUGUCGCCUCAGCACGGAGAUGAAACCAAUCAACAAGAAUAUCAAGCUGGUGGUCGCCAUACCGGACACGUACCUAUUGCGUGAACGUAUAAUACAAUAUCAUAACGAAUUUCGUAAUGCUAUGGCCUCUGGCGUCUUGAAAAAUAAAUAUAAAGAAUAUUUUCCGCCUGCCGGUAGCAUGCGGGAGCUCAUCUGGGAUUUGGAGCUGGCGUACAUGGCGCGUACGCAUGUUUCCACCUUAUCCUUUAGGCAUUCGAUGUGCCGUGCAGUAAAGCGGUUUCCAAUUGUCGGCGAAAGUAUGAGUAUGGUGAUUGCAAACACAAAGCAUAUCAAUCUGACCAAAUUACUGGACCUAACACUCAGGGAAAUGUUUUAUGAAUAUACGACAUGUCCAAAACCCAAAUCGUUUGUGACUAAAUUCAAUAUUGCCAUGUUUCAUGACACCAUUGGCCACUUGGCGCUCAUGGUCAAUGAUCGAGUCUCAAGGGUAGGCUGCGGCUUUGCUGUUGCCAAAUACUGCAAUAAGCUGCAGAAAACAGGCUAUUGCUAUUUGAUGACCUGCCACUACAAUUACAACAUCAUUGCGGGCACACGUAUCUAUAAGCAGGGCGCGCCCGCUUCGGAUUGCAAAAGAUGGGAGACCUCGCCCAGUGUCAAUUAUUUAAAUCUAUGCGCCAAUACCGGCAAAAUAUUUCGCACUAAAACCGAGGAGGACAUAAAUUACAUGGAAAGCUUGAGGCCGAAGAGUUAGUGCGAUUAACACACACUAUUUCUUGUUUGCAUACCUUGCGUGUAUUGCCACCUGAUUUAAAUACCUUAAAUUAUAUCUAACAUGAUUUCCGACUACUUACCAAAAUUUGUAAGAAAACAAUAA